AGGUCGAGCGUUUGCGAAUGAAAUGAUGACGGUAGUUGAACGAAGAGGUCCCUAGAUGAAAGUCGCAUUGGCACUCCUCUAUAUCGCGUGAAACUUUCGCCCACGUAAGGAUAACUAAGUUGUAGUGAACUGACGAGAAGUUUGUAAAAUGCGGUGGACGGCUGUAGCGUUCUUUCUGAAUGUAAUUUAUUUAGUAUUAUCAACAAGCCCAAAUGAUGGAGAACCAUACCUGCACGUGAUGGCGAGACCCUCCGUAUACAACGCAGGGGUCAAACGAGCUAUUUACUGCAAAGGACAAAAUAUGCCAGAGUUAUUAGACUGGCUGUCACCAAACGGCGAUGUCGUAGAGGGCCGCUCUACCAAAAACACCAGAGUUUACGUAGAAAGGUCAAAGAACGAUUCGCUUGUGAGCAGCUUAGUAGCCCUCAUCAUACAGGAGACUAUGAUUGAAGAUACUGGCAAUUGGACCUGUAGAGCUGGAUCCUUGAAUGAAACUAUUGAAAUCACCGUUGGGGUAAAAGCAAUGAUACCCAAUAAAUAUGAAAUCAUCGAGGGUGAAGAAGGAAAAUCAGUCAAGUUCGAUUGUGUUGCAAAAGGUCACCCGGCACCCAUAGUACAAUGGUACAUUGAAAACGAUCCUAUUACUAAUGAUCCUAAAAAGUACAUAAUAAGGGUGAAGGCGGACAACCAUCAGCUUGAGAUCCGGAACUUGACGCAUCGGGACACCAAUGAGUACGUGUGCAGAGUGACUCAGAAGGCACUGUCUCACUUCGCUGAUAAACGGGUGCAACUCAACGUCAACCAUAAGCCCUUCUUGGUGGACGAAAACAAUGAAGUUUCCUACUCCAAGUAUAAGGCGGAAGAGGUAUACGCUAUCAUCAAUGAAACAAAAAAUAUAACCUGCAUCGUUAUUGCUAACCCUCUUCCCACAUUCCGUUGGUACAGAACUGAAAAUGGCUUUGACGAACUAAUCACUGAUCCUGAUACGGUGAUGACCUCAGAGGAUGGCAAUAGCUCAGUGUUCAUUUUGAGAACAUUUGACGAGACUGCGUUCGGCCAAUAUAAAUGUUCAGCGAACAACAGUAAAGGACAGGUUACUAUUUUGUAUGACGUUUCGCCUGGAAAUAAACCGAAUGCUCCUGAUUUUGUGGAAUUAGUAUCUAAAUCGAAAACUGAGCUUACAUUCAAUGUGACAUGCUCCACUUGUAACAUGGCUACCACGGAGGAAGAUAUGUCUGAAGACCCAAAAAAUCUUACAGUCCUAGGCUAUUCAUUCCAAGUAGUGGCUGAACAAGAAGGAUUUCUGGCCGAUUGGGAUGCAGCUGUCGAGUUUAUUAAAGAUAUAAAAGAAUUUAAUGAUACAUUGUUCACAUUGGGCCCACUUGCAAAUGACACAACAUACCACGUCCGAGUACGCACGCGCAACGCAGCUGGAUUCUCUGAAUGGAUAAAAGUCACUCCCAAUCCAACCACAGACUUCGCAAACAGACUUGCUAUUUCGUCCAUACUUCUAAUCAUAUGUUUCUUGUACCCUUUAAUCAAUUAAAUAUUUAGUUCCAUAUAUCUUGAGUCGGACUACAUAUUUCCAAUUGUUAAAUCAAUCAACUGCGUUGUCUUAAUCGGGCUUGUUUAUAUUUGUUUUUAAUUAUUAAUUGUAAAAAAGGAAGGGCAUUCCAUUUCCAUAAAGCUAGGAGGGUGUUUUAUUUGGCUGUUGUUAAAAUAAGUGUUCAUUGGUGUUAAUUGUCAUUAUACUAUAUAAUCUAUGAAUGUUAGCUAUUUCGACUGCAAUUAUAAAAAUAAUUAUAAGGUAACGUUAAGAAUAUAAAUUAAAAAAAAAA